AAAAAAUAUUUACCUACUUUGACUAUCUUAAUCAAAUGUAACUUGAGUAUAAAAAGAUGGGAUACUAAAACUUUAAGUUCAUUUUGUAAAAUCUUCAUAACUACUAGUAUUAAAAAUAUAUUCAUAAUGAGUUGCUCAUCGGCAUUUUCCAUAAUAUUUAGUGUAACAUUCGUGGUUUUUCUCUUCAGCGGUCUUUGCAAGGCUAAUCGUGAGGUACAAGUGGACAUCAUUAAUGAUAUUGGUUCAAAUAUUCAAUUGGGACUACACUGCAAAUCAAAGCACAAAGAUCUCGGAUCACAUUCUUUAGCCCAACAUCAACAUUGGGGGUUUAGAGAAUCUAUUAAUUUUUGGGAUACAACUCUGUUUUUUUGUCACUUUGUAUGGGAAAAUCAAUCUAAAUGGUUUGAUAUUCUUGAAGCUAACAGAGAUAAAAAUAUAUGUGAACAUCAUCCCUGUGUUUGGAGUAUAAGACCUAGUGGUCCAUGUAGAUUAACGGGUCAAGAAAAAUGUUUCCCAUGGAACUAAUCUAAUAUAGGAAUAAGGUUGUUACAAGAUUUCAUAUAUAUAAAGCUAAAAAAUAAAAAGUAUUAUUAUUAUUAUUUUUCUUUUGGAUGAAUGUUCAGUUUAUUUACACCACAAAAAUACCACUGUUUACAUUAUAUGUAUCCUUGUUUUGAAUUA